AUGGAAUCAUCACCUAGCAAUGGUGAAGUAGCUGUCUUCACAGACACAAACAUGGGCACUCACAUUGCCAUGGGCAUCUCUCCUGACAUCAUUGUUGCCGAUUUCAAGAGAGAGCUGGAGAAAAGGCACAUCGAUUGUUUUCCAGAAUUGGGAGAGAUUAAAGUUUAUGAAUUAAUGGUAAAGAGAAAGAACUGCUUCUACCACCUUCCGGAGUCACUGCCUAUAAAGUAUGCUUUUCAGGGUCUCAAAGGAAAUUGGUUUCUCCAUGUGACAGUAAGGCCUCCAAAUAGCUUUGCAAAUCAACACUUACCCCAGUGUCUAGCUGCAAAGAAUGACCAUAUUUCUGAUGGUAGCAAUGCCAUUGGCUCCCUCAUUACAAACACCAGAAAAAAUGGUAUGAUAUGUAAUGGUAAUAACAAGGGGAAAAAAGGAUUACUUGGCAUCAAACCACCAGCAGAACUUCCGAAAACUAUCCCUUGUUUUGAGAAAAGUAAGGAAAAGAAGAGACUGGCUGACAUCGACAAGGAAUUUGAUAGAAGUGAAAAAUCCCCAAAUCUUGCUGCCAAAGAGUGCUCUGGUUUACUUUCACAUAGAAAUGAAGUUAAGCGUGCAGCAGCAGAACAUCCAAAAACUGUCCCUUGUUUCAAGAAAAGGUGCAAGGAAAAGAAUAAACUGACUGACAUCAACCAAGAAUUCGACAGAAGUAAAAGUGCUCCAAAUGUCGUUGACAAAGAGUCUGCUGGUUUACUGACACCUAGAAAUGAAGUUGAGAAUGCAACAACACCAGAAGCACUCACAAAAACUGUCACUUGUUUCAAGAAAAGGAGUAAGGAAAAGAAGAGAAUGGCUGGCCUCAAUAAGGAAUUUGAUAGAAGAAAAAAAGCUCCAAAUCUUGCUGCCGAAGAGCACUCUGGUUUACUGACACCUAGAAAUCCAGUUAAGCCUGCAACCUUUUCCUGCUCAAUGGCGGAGACACCCACAGAGAGGCCACAAGAAGUAAUAUUUGCUAAAAUUAAUGAUUUCUCAUAUACUCAACUUUAUACCUCACCACAGUUUGACAGUAGAACGCCUCCUAGAACACCGGCUUCUCCAUUGUCAACAAAUCUUCGACCUGGAAAUUCAGGGAAUAAGCUAGAAACGACUUCUGCAGUUGGGAAACGCAUAAUGACGGCUGCAAAUAAGCUCAAAAUUCCUGCCAAUAAACGGAGACCGGCGCUUUCUUCCUAUAGAUUCAGAGGUCUCUCCAGGGCUUCAUCUACAGUUAUGAGAUCAAUCUUUGAUAUCAGUGACAAUGAUGAAUGA